AUGGUUGUUGAGAGCGGCAACUUCAAUUUCAGCACGGAGGACAGCUCCAGGACGAACCUCAGCGCUAAUGACAGUGUCCGCGACACUCUCGUGUCCAAAGAGCAGUCCGAACUCAGUAGGACAGGGCACACAGUGGUAGCCGUGUUUCUCGGUGUCAUUUUCCUGUUAGGAUUCCUCAGCAAUUUAUUCGUCCUUCUCGUCUUUGCGCGGUUUCAGGUGCUGAGGACACCCAUCAACCUCAUCCUGCUCAACAUCAGCGUGAGCGACAUGCUGGUGUGUAUCUUCGGAACUCCCUUUAGUUUUGCCGCGAGCCUCUAUGGUAGAUGGCUCAUCGGAGCCCACGGGUGCAAGUGGUACGGUUUCGCCAACUCGCUUUUUGGUGAGUUGACUUGAUGACCUAUAAGCUUCCUAUCCUAUUCGUUUUAGAGAGACUGGAAUCCGAGGGAGAAACGUACAUCAUCUCAUGUUUCAACAGGUCCCCUCACGCCAUGCUCUCUGCCUUGUGUGAGAGACGCUACAUGUAGUCUUGAAUAUGAUGGAUGAUGAAUUAACAUAACAGUAUAAUAAGCAAAGAACAGUUUUGAUCUUUGAGACACACUACAGUCAGUUUGACUGGUAAAGAGACAUACUGUAUUUUGGGUCAAAUGUUCAGAGUCAAAACAGUCUUUCUUGAUGAAUUUUGGUAUUUUGUUGUUAUGUAGGCCUAAGUUCACACUGUAUUUUGUCCAUAGCUCAACACUAUACAAACUGUCACCUUGGUUAAAGUGUCUGGAGACAGUGUGUCAUUUAUAUUACAGGUUUUAGAGUACAAGGGUAUGAGUUAUGGAUUGCAAUGUGAAAACAUUUACUUCCUCUAUGUUCAAGCAUAUGAAUGCGUGUGCCACAUGCAUUGUAAUGGUCAACUGCUAAUGUACUGUAUCUAGACAUUCUGGACAAUGUAUUGUAUAGCCUAUAUGUUUGAUGUCCACAGCAAGAAUUUUGCAUUAUGCUCACCACAUCUACCACUCUACCUCCACCCAUUUCUCUGUGCAGGCAUUGUUUCUCUAGUAUCCCUGGCAAUUCUCUCCUACGAGCGCUACUCCACGAUAUUGUGUUACACAAAGGCUGACCCAUCUGACUACAAGAAGGCCUGGCUUGCCAUCGCAGGUGCCUGGCUCUACUCCUUGGUGUGGACGGUGCCACCUUUCUUUGGCUGGGGCAGCUACGGUCCCGAGGGCCCAGGCACCAUGUGCUCAGUGCAGUGGCACCAGCGCUCUUCUAGGAACAUCUCCUAUGUCACCUGCCUCUUCAUCUUCUGCCUCCUACUUCCCCUGCUGCUCAUGAUCUUCUGCUAUGGAAAGAUCCUCUUUGCCAUCCAUGGGGUGAGUCAGUGUCAUUGGUCAACACUGUACUGAUUAUUUUCAUCACGGUGUGUAUUUUGAUGAUGAUGGUGGGCAUGCUUGCAUGCUAAGAUGACAAUGGCCACAAGGAUAAUCAUGUCAAGGUUGAUUAUGUCACUCGACUGUUUGUCACACAAGAGUUUUCAUAGCUUUGCCCUGAGUAAACAUCUUCACCCCUCUCUGAUGGCAGCAUCAGUCUCUCAAAAAAGCAUAUUUCAUCUCCCUCUCCAGAGAGCCAUCAAUCUGCCAUGGCCCUGUCCUAGACCGCUCCCAAAACACUGCUCAGAGUGAUUCAGCUUGCUGCCUGACAUAUGUAGAAAAUUGGUUACGAUCAAGGCAGCACAAAUACGUUUAAAAAAAACUGUCGUUGAAAGGCAGCACUUACGCACUCUUUCAUAUCAUGUCUCUGAUGUGUCACUGAAUGGCAUUUUGGCACACCUCGUAAUGUGUUUUGUUAAUUUUAAAAAGGAUAAACUAAACUAUGCAGCCUUUAGGACUGUGUGAUCACAGCAGAAUGAAUAGAUUCCACAUGUUAUGGUGAAAUAUUAAAGAAAGUGGAAAUGUCGCAAUGUUUGUAUAGCAGACCUUAGUUAAACAUAUUAGCAAGAAAUCCUUGAACCACACAUUGUCCACUGAAACCAUUUAUCAUGUUGGGACAGCUGUGAAAUUCUAGUGGGCCAACAUCAUUAAUGCUCAGUUCUGCCAGCUGGCAGUCCUCACUCUGAAGGUGAGGCAGGCUGGCUAGUCCACCUUUCCACUACUGCAAUAGUGGGACAUUUGGGACAUAAACAAAUCAAAACAUAAAGAAUGCUUGACUCUCACACAUUUUAGUGAAAUAUAUAUAGAUGAUGAGUAACAGCGGUUGUGGCAAUGACACCGUCUGUCUUUCCUCCAGGGAAAAAGAUGCCCAGAGAGGUCAGGUUUUCCAACCUUAACUAAAAUUUGACUGUGUGGUUGUGGCCUUCGCCUUGUGGCGGAAGGUUGGGCGGAGACGGGGGAGAGCUGAGUUUGACUGAGACAGAUGCUGACGCAACCUCGGUCUUGGUGGCUACAGUUCGUAUAGGUCUCAUGAAUGAAUCACCCCAGGGAUUCUUUUUUAAAAUCCAGAUUGAAUGUGUCUAUCAUUGGUCACUAAUGACGACAACCUAUGGUUCCACUGGCUCCCUUGUUUUUAUACCCACGUCAGAGGGACCAAGGACAUGACAACAUCAGGAGUGUUUUGUAGAAGACUAACUGCCGUAGAGGACAUUCUGAUGGUAACCAGAAUUUCUCAAGGCCCUUCUGAAACCAAACGCUCGGAGGAGUACCCACAUUGCCUGUCCUAUAUCCUAACAUAAACGAAUAAGUCUUUAUUCACUCUCCUUUCAUUCAGGUAGAUAUUCCCUGUGGCCAUUUAGGAACACAUUUCCUUUGUGUUGGGCCAAAAAUGCAUGCCGCUUGGGUAUGAUUUUGAGCACCAGUUUUGCUAUGCUUAUACAUUGUAGACCUACUGUGGUUUUAUGCAUUAGGCGGUCUUCAAUACAACUUUACUUUCUCAGAAAAUCUGUAGAACUCAAUAAUGACUGCACUGUAGGUGGCUGACAAGUUUAAAUGACAUGAGGUUGUUGAUUUACCCCCGUUGUGUUUGAUUUCCUUUCACAGUUGUCAAGGCUUGUUCCACUCCAGUGUGCGUCUAUUUUUUGUGGUUCAAUUAUUAAGAUGAGAGACUACUUUUCAUGUAUAUAAUCAAGUUGAGAUUGAGUUUAGUCAGAUUUCUCUGUUUCAGACAUGUUUUCUUAUUUUUUGAAAAAUGCGACAAAAUUAGUUACUAGGUAUUCCACAUCUGAGUUGCUAAAUUUUUUUAAUUUUUUAAUUUAACCUUUAUUUAACCAGGUAAGCCAGUUGAGAACAAGUUCUCAUUUACAACUGCGACCUGGCCAAGAUAAAGCAAAGCAGUGCGAUAAAAACAACAACACAGACUUACAUAUGGGGUAAACAAAACAAAAAGUCAAAAAUACAACAGAAAAUAUAUAUACAGUGUGUGCAAAUGUAGUAAAUUAUGGAGGUAAGGCAAUAAAUAGGCCAUAGUGCAAAAUAGUUACAAUUUCGUAUUAACACUGGAAUGAUAGAUGUGCAAAAGAUGAUGUGCAAAUAGAGAUACUGGGGUGCAAAUUAGCAAAAAUAAAUAACAAUAUGGGGAUGAGGUAGUUGGGUGGGCUAAUUUCAGAAUUGCUGUGUACAGGUGCAUUGAUCGGUAAGCUGCUCUGACAACUGCUGCUUAAAGUUAGUGAGGGAGAUAAGAAUCUCCAGCUUCAGAGAUUUUUGCAGUUCGUUCCAGUCAUUGGCAGCAGAGAACUGGAAGGAAUGGCGGCCAAAGGAGGUGUUGGCUUUGGGGAUGACCAGUGAGAUAUACCUGCUGGAGCGCAUACUACGGGUGGGUGUUGCUAUGGUGACUAAUGAGCUAAAAUAAGGAGGGGAUUUGCCUAGAAGUGAUUUAUAGAUGGCCUGGAGCCAGUGGGUUUGGCGACGAAUAUGUAGUGAGGACCAGCCAACAAGAGCGUACAGGUUACAAUGGUGGGUAAUAUAUGGGGCUUUGGUGACAAAAUGGAUGGCACUGUGAUAUAUUACAUCCAAUUUGCUGAGUAGAGUGUUGGAGGCUAUUUUGUAAAUGACAUCGCCGAAGUCAAGGAUCAGUAGGAUAGUCAGUUUUACGAGGGCAUGUUUGGCAGCAUGAGUGAAGGAGGCUUUGUUGCGAAAUAGGAAGCCGAUUCUAGAUCUAACUUUUGAUUGGAGAUGUUUAAUGUGAGUCUGGAAGGAGAGUUUACAGUCUAACCAGACACCUAGGUAUUUGUAGUUGUCCACAUACUCUAGGUCAGACCCGCCGAGAGUAGUGAUUCUAGUCGGGUGGGCGGGUGCAAGCAGCGUUCGGUUGAAGAGCAUGCAUUUAGUUUUACUAGGUUUUAAGAGCAGUUGGAGGCUACGGAAGGAGUGUUGUAUGGCGUUGAAGCUCGUUUGGACAGUGUCCAAUGAAGGGCCAGAUGUAUACAAAAUGGUGUCGUCCGCAUAGAGGUGGAUCCGAGCGUCACCAGCAGCAAGAGCGAAAUCAUUGAUAUACACAGAGAAUAGAGUUAGCCUGAGAAUUGAACCCUGUGGCACCCCCAUAGAGACUGCCAGAGGUCCAGACAACAGGCCCUCCGAUUUGACACAUUGAACUCUAAAUUGUAAUUGAUGGGGGCUAAUAUUGCUUUACAUCCGUCAACAAGAAGUUUUCUCCACCCCACUAUUAUCAUAAUUACCUAUAGUUUACCACGCAGGGAGAACUAUUAGUUACAUGCAGUAUAUCAAAUUAUUAAUGGAUUACAUGGAAAUACAUAAGAAUACUCAUGCAGAAAAACAUUAGAGGUCAUGACAUCAUAAUUUCUUAAGUGGGCAAACAGAAUAUGUAUAGACCUCAAGGAGUAAAUCAAUUAUCAUUUAGUUUUACUUUACGAUGGGGACUGAUGCACAUCCAUCUCAGAAUCAGUGUUGUUUUCUAUCAUUUAACUAUUCGAUAUCAGGACUCAAGCCUAUUCCAUGGGGGUUUGGCCACCACCCGUUAGCCAUUAUUAACCAUGGCCUCUAGCUUCUAUGCCUGUUUUUAGGUGGAAAUCUCACACCCUAUGACUGUCUGUGUAAUGGUUAUAUGAUUACCCUGCAUAAACAUUAAAUAAGCAUGUUUUAUGUGUUCAUUCCCUGAUAUACCGAAAUCAUGAGGCGGCCUUUACACUGCUGUUACUAUAACCUAAACCUGACCGCUGAGAAUGUUAAUGACCUUUUCCAGAUGGUAGUGAGGACUGACAUCCGUCAGUGUAAGUAACUUGAAUAAAAUGUCUUAUCUCCUCAGGUAGCCAAAAUCAACCAGUCGUCUGCACAGCGGCGGGAGACCCAUGUGUUGGUGAUGGUUGUCUCCAUGGUGUCCUGCUACCUGCUCUGCUGGAUGCCCUACGGGGUGGUGGCUCUGCUGGCCACUUUCGGACAGGUUGGCCUGGUCAGCCCCACCACAAGCAUCGUCCCCUCCAUCCUCGCCAAAAGUAGCACUUUUCUCAACCCUAUCAUAUAUGGGCUUUUAAACAACCAGGUAACGGCUUAUCAGUGGGACACUGGCCAUUGUGAUUUGAUAUGGAAAUGGAAACAUUUAUUACACAGUGUACGCAUUGAUGAUAUCAUGUGUGCCAGUUCUACAGGUGCUUCCUGGCCUUCAUGAGCUGUGGGUCAGAACCAGCAGGCAGCCACACCCUCCACACCCUGCCCAGCAGCCGAGUGUUUGGCCCUAAUGGCAACUCCCCAGCCCGAAAGGAGCCUGUCACAUUCCCUGGUACACGCAAGCCUCUGGACGGCAGUGGGACCUCCUCUAAGACUCAGACAUGUGGCCAGCAGAGAGAGAAACCUGACCUGGUCCUCCUGGUUGUGCACUACACCCCUUGA